UGAUGGUUCGGCCAGGCACAAUCAGCGAUGAACUCAUGGCUGACGAGAAGCCCCGUAACUCCGGAAGCCAGGUCCGCGACGUCACUGCUGUCGGCACCCUCUCCAAUCCAAUCCAUCCACCCGUCAACGGAGCAUGAUCCGGUCUGCGCCCUUCCAACUUCUUCCCCAUUAUAAUUUGCUCACUCGCCGGCGGCCGCUACCUGCUGCAACCCGGCGACACCCGACCGACAGCCUGCUUGCCACGCUUGCAUCGAGGAGAGUUCGGGGACCGCCCGGUGCAGAAGGAAUCGACGCAGGGUUCAGUUCGAAUGGCUGCUGAAUCAGAGCACGGCAACUGCAAUGCUUGGGCAGCGAGAGAUCCUUCUGGAGUUCUCUCACCAUACAGCUUUAACCGCAGACCAGUGCAAAGCAGCGAUGUUGCGUUGAAGAUCUUAUACUGUGGAGUCUGUUAUGCUGACGUUGUCUGGACACGGAAUAUGCACCAUGAUUCAAAAUAUCCUGUGGUUCCUGGGCAUGAGAUAGCUGGAGUCGUAACUCAGGUUGGUGCAGAUGUCAAAGGCUUUAAAGUGGGUGACCAUGUAGGUGUUGGAACUUAUGUGAACUCAUGCCGAGAUUGUGAGAACUGCAAUAGCUCUCUAGAGAACCACUGUCCAAAAGGAGUUUAUACUUUCAAUGGCAUUGAUACAGAUGGAACUGUCACAAAGGGGGGUUACUCCACUCACAUUGUAGUCCAUGAAAGGUAUUGCUUCCAAAUACCUGAUGGCUAUCCUUUGGCGAAGGCAGCACCUCUUCUGUGUGCUGGAAUAACUGUGUAUACUCCAAUGAUGCGACACAACAUGAACCAACCUGGAAAGUCACUUGGGGUCAUUGGACUCGGUGGUCUAGGUCACAUGGCAGUGAAAUUUGGUAAAGCAUUUGGUCUGAAGGUCACAGUUUUGAGUACAAGUGAAUCAAAGAGACAUGAAGCCAUCAGCCUCCUUGGAGCGGAUAAUUUUGUUAUAUCAUCAGAUACACAGCAGAUGGAGUCCCUGAGAAACUCCCUGCACUUCAUAGUUGACACCGCUUCUGGCGACCAUCCAUUUGAUCCAUAUCUCUCUCUCCUUAUGGUUGGUGGUGUGAUGGCAAUUGUGGGCUUUCCAAGUGAGAUCAAAAUGCAUCCUGCAAGCCUUAAUCUUGGUGCACGGACCUUGUCUGGUAGUGUUACUGGAGGUACAAAAGACAUCCAAGAAAUGGUUAACUUCUGUGCGGCGAACAAAAUCUCUCCAGAGAUUGAGAUCAUUAAGAUAGAUUAUAUCAAUGAGGCUCUCACGAGGCUUGUUAACCGAGAUGUGAAAUACCGCUUUGUUAUCGACAUCGAGAACUCUUUCAAGUAACAUGCUGGUCUACAUGCUCUCAGUCUUUCUAUUAAUAUACUAGAGCAAACACAAAUGUGAAAGUCAUGUCAAAUAAACUUGAUGUAAUGCUGCAGCGGUUUUACGAUGCUAGUUAAUUAAAACCCUGUGGCAUGGGCGUCAAAUAGCAAAUGUAAACAUCCAUAGUUGGACAGCAAGGGGAGAUAAGUAUAUUGUGACGAUAAAGUCGCUCUAUGAAUAAGGCAUCAUGUCGAUGUGUUCCACAAUA